AUGAAAAACAACCAUCAUCGAAGAACGAAAUCUAGUGGCAACUACUUUCCCAUAUAAACAGAAUUUCUAGUUUAAGAUGACGACAAUGACACCAAUGAAACAAAGGAAAUCAUUAAAAAAAUUCAGCAAUAGCCAAUACUACAUCAUUAGAUAAUUGAAAAACUAGAUGAUCAAAAUUAUGGGUUAUUCAAUGCGAUGUUCAAUUUUGGUUAGAUGAAAUUUAAACCAAAAUAAUCUUUAGAUCUUAGUACCAUUACAGAGUGCAGCUCUACACCUUCCACCAAGGAUGCCAAGCCAAAACACAGAAAAUGUGGUAGUCAAUAACAAUAAGCCAAUAAACAACCGAUAAAACACACACAUAGUCAGAGUCUGUAAAUUUAAAGGCUGGAGAAAGAAUUAGAAUAGAUGAAAGUAUAACAAGCAGAGAUUUAAAAUGUUAACAUGAUGCUCAUACUUGAAAUUCAUAAAUCCAGACAGGAGCUUUAGAUAUCCUAAUAAAAAAACGAAGUCAUUCUUUAGAGAAUUACGAAAUUAGAGAAAAUGCUUAGAGAAGACUAAAAAUUAUCAUCCACAACUAACGAUAGUCUAGAAUUCUCCUGA